AUGGUGAUAUCUGUUGUCUUCAGGAGCGGUCCAGACAUUCGAGAGUUUGAGCAUGCAGACGUGAUCAAAGGGGUGUACUUCACUUGUGAGUUACUGGGCGGCGACGAAGCAAUGACGAAACCCGUGUUAAUGCAGGCCAUAGAAGAUUUUCUUAUGUCCCAGUUGCUCUGUGAGGGGGAAGACGCGGUUGUUCCCGCUGUUCUUCUUCUUUAUUCUCUGAAUAAAAAGCCAGCACGAGAGGUUGCGGUGGAGACCAUUGGAAAAUAUUUGCAAAAUAUCAUCGAAAAUCCUGGAGAGGCGAAAUACAGAAGGAUAAGAAUGUCCAAUAAAGUCUUUCAGGUAUGCAUUUUCUUGAAAGUCGCCACCAUUAAAAGCUUUUUGAUACACAGGUUUAGGAACGAGUGGCUUGCGUCAAAGGGUGGCGUGCAGUUUCUCAAUGCUGUUGGUUUCAAAGAAACAAUGGAACCUCUAAAAGAUGGCGAUGCUCCCGAAAGGUUCCUUGUUAUUCCUGAAAACGCCGCCAGUGAUACAGGUCAUCUAGUCACCGCGUUGUCAUUGUUAAGAGAUGGACAGAGCGUCCCAAUCAAAGUGUCGCGUGAAACAACGAUCUACCACGUUGGCGAGAAUGAGCGUAUUCCGAUGCCGAGAUUACCUGCGGAUUUUUUCGAUCUGACUGCAGAAGAAAUCCGUCGCGAGCAACAAAAUAAAACAGAGGAGGUCAACAGAGUCAGUGUUUCCAUUCAUCAAUUGAUAACUUGCUUUGUUGGAACAUUUGGAUGUUAUGAACCAUUGUCUGUGGUUCGUGAGUACAUUGCGAAACAUCUCUCGAAUCAAGCUGCAUUGUUCUCGUUGUAUAAUCCUGUUCGAGGUAGCGAACCACUGGUCGAUGAAAACAAAAGCUUGGCAGCCCUGGGGAUGAGCUCGGAACCCACACGCGAUUCGACGACGCUUAAAAACAUAUCGGAAAGGAGGCCAGAUUCAUUCCUACUUCUCAAUCCUCGUCCUGAAAAGCUAGUAACAGAACCAGUUAAGCCGUCUCCUAUCAUUGAAAGGAAAUUGGACGUUGAUAUCCAUAAGGUUCCAUUUGACCUUGAUGAAAGUGACACCAGCAGCAGUGAUGAAAGUAGCUGCAGUGAUGAUGAUCUUGACAGCGAGACGGAGUCUGAACCGAAAGUAGAGUUCAAUCUAUCACUUUUUCGUGAGGACGAUUCAACUGCAUCAUCUGCUACAUCUGGACCAUCAUUAAUUCCACAAGAAGUGGAACUACUACCUGAAGCCUUUAGGGAAGAUGGUUGUCCUAAGUGUGAUGAUCGGAAUACGAAUAAAUCGAAAGCCUUGAUUGAGGAGAUAUAG